GAGCUCAAAGGGGGAGAGAAAUGAGACGAGAACGAUGCAUUCUUUUUUCGCUCCUUGCUCUAACGGCUCUCGUCGCGAGCUUGGUGACGGUGGAGGCUGCUGAGACGUUGCCCGAGACGAAGCUGACAUGGCACUACUACAAGCUUAAUACUACUUGUAGGUAUGCAGAGGCGUAUGUUAGGAGCCAAGUGGAGUUUUACUGGAACAAGCUCAAGGAUGGGAGCAUUGCCCCUAAGCUCCUAAGGUUGCUCUACUCGGAUUGCUUUGUAAAUGGUUGUGACGCGUCGAUCCUCCUGGAUGGACCAAACUCAGAGAAAACUGCCUCACAGAAUCGGGGGCUUGGAGGGUUUGCCCUAAUUGACAAGAUCAAGACUGUUCUUGAAAGCCGGAAAGAGUGCAAAGGAGUUGUCUCCUGUGCUGACAUCCUCAACCUCGCUACCAGGGAUGCUGUUCAUUUGGCAGGGGCACCAUCUUAUCCUGUUCUUACUGGAAGAAAGGACGGUUUCGAAUCAAAUGCUGCAUCAGUUGACCUCCCAUCACCAUCCAUCUCGUGGGAAUCGGCUCUGGCAUACUUCAAAUCGAAAGGCUUAGAUGUGUUAGACUUGGGAACACUCCUAGGAGCUCACACAUUGGGCAGGACACACUGUAGCUACAUUGAGGACCGGCUUUACAAUUUCAAUGGUACCAAUAAGCCAGACCCAAGCAUGGACACAUCAUUCCUAGCCGAAAUGAAAAAGAAAUGUCCCCAAAGAGUGAAGAAGGGGCAACCUGACCCACUUGUGUUUUUAAACCCAGAAUCUGGGUCCAGUCACAAUUUCACCAAUUCCUACUACUCUAGAAUUCUAUCCCACAAAGCUGUCCUUGGAGUUGAUCAGCAGCUACUUUUUGGCAAUGACACCGAGCAAAUUACUGAAGAAUUUGCUGCUGGUUUUGAAGAUUUCCGGAGGUCAUUUGCUCUGUCAAUGAGUCGGAUGGGAAAUCUACAAGUUUUGACUGGAAGCCAGGGAGAGAUACGUGAGAAUUGCCGAGUCAGAAACAACUAGAAUCUAAAUGGGAAGCUGAAGGGAUUCGGUAUGUUGCUGAUGAGGGCAUGUUUGAGAUUGCAAAGCUAAAGGGCAGCAUGGUCAGUGGAUGGAAUUGCUUUACGUUUGGGAGUGAGGAAUAACCUAACAAUAAGUACAAGAAAAAUAUGUUUUCCUAUUCAUGAAUAAGAUUAUAUAACAAGUCCUUAUAUUAAGACAUUA